ACUCUUUUUCAGGUAAUUCUUUCAUCAUAUAAUACCAACAAAACAGUUAUACACUGACUUGGAAAAAUGCAUUUCCUAAGCAUGUUUAUAAAAGUCUGUUUGGCUAGUAGCUUCUAUCUUAGUACUGGAAAAGGAGAGGUGAUAACUCAGAAUUUUGGAGAUUGCAGAAAUUAUUUUUUUGGACGAAUGGAGCCAACAGGCAUUAUACCUAAAAACGCAGCACGGAUUUGCCAGACAUAUGACAACAAACGCCAUUAUGCUACUAUGUAUGACAGAGAUCUUCGCAUUCCAGUUUAUUCUGCUUAUAUAUUUGAACCACAUGGUGGUGGUGACAGAUUUGAUGAGUGGCAGAUAGAGCCUCAGCUUGUUGAUAAAAAGUUGAGUAAAAACAUGGAAGAUGAGAUAUUAACAACCAUUGAAAGAGAAAAAGUGAAAAAGAGUCAAGCUGUUUCUGAUGAUUACAAGUCUAAAGAUGCCUCAGACUAUGACAAAGGUCAUCUUAACCCCUUUAGUCAUCACGUAGCUGAUGCCAGCAAGAUUGCUACAUUUUCAAUGACCAACAUUGUACCACAGCUAAGUACACUGAACCAGGGUCAAUGGAGACAUUAUGAAGAAACGAUGCAACGGGAAACAGCUGAUUGUCAUGAAGCAUUUGUCCUCACUGGAGUGAUUCCGGGAAAGAAGUAUAUUAACAAUAGAGUAAAUAUACCAUCUGAUGUCUGGAGUGCUGUCUGCUGCAUUCAGAAUAAUAUUUGUCAAAGGUCUUGGGCAGUAAUAGCUGAAAAUAAUGCAGAUGUUGUAGCUCCCAUAGAUAUUGAUAAUCUUCAAAACAGAAUUAAAACAUAUACUGGAAGAGGGGUUGAAUUGUUCCCAGCUAAGUCUAAAAGGAGGUUUGGUCAUUUUAGCACUGUUAAUUAUAAAAGUGAUAACUAUUAUGAGAUGAUUUUAGGAACAUUGUCAGAAUUGUUUCACGUUCUGAAAGAAGAAGGCUUACGUAUUUUUUCAAAUAUAUUUACCAUUGCAUAAUGUCUGUAAAGAGAAUCUAAAUAAAGUAUGAAAUUGUUAAAUGGUUAUGAAGCAAAAGUAAUGCUUUUGCUUGAUCCUUGUUCUGAGAAUAUUCAGUGCAUUCUCAAAAAAUAUAUAUAAGUCAUGAUAUGUGCAAAUACUUCACAAAGAAAAAAAAUAAAUACAAUGGUGUGAAUCAUUAA